AUGGCAUCUUUCCUCCGGAGGUUGAGCUUUGCUUUCUUCUGCGUACUGGCUGUCAUCGGCAAGGCGACGGCGGCCGGCUAUUAUAGCCAACCUGUAUUCCACACCGGCGCCUGGAAGCUAGCCCAUGCCACAUUCUACGGGGACGAAUCUGCCUCCGAAACAAUGGGGGGUGCAUGUGGGUAUGGCAACUUGUUCAACAAUGGGUAUGGAACAGCCACGGCAGCUUUGAGCACGGUUUUAUUCAACAAUGGGUUUGCAUGCGGCCAAUGUUUCCAGAUACGCUGUGCUCAAUCGCCUUAUUGCUAUAAAGGAUUCCCCACCACCACCGUCACGGCCACCAACCUCUGUCCGCCUAACUGGGCCGAAGACUCCAACAACGGCGGCUGGUGCAACCCUCCUCGCACCCACUUCGACAUGUCCAAACCCGCUUUCAUGAAAAUUGCUCAGUGGAAGGCCGGCAUUGUCCCUGUCAUGUACCGCAGGGUACCGUGCAGUAGGAGGGGUGGUGUCCGAUUCAACUUACAAGGGAAUGGGUACUGGCUGUUGGCGUACGUGAUGAACGUGGGCGGAGGCGGCGAUAUCGCCGCCGUGUGGGUGAAGGGAAGUCGGACAGGGUGGAUAAGGAUGAGCCAUAACUGGGGAGCUUCAUACCAAGCAUUUGGAACAUUAGGAGGCCAAUCCCUUUCCUUCAAGCUCACUUCCUACUCCUCCCAUGAGACAAUUGUUGCGUACAACGUUGUCCCAUCAAAUUGGAACGUGGGAUUGACUUACCAGGCCAACGUCAACUUCCAUUAA